AGGAAUGUUUGCAUAACAAUAUUUUAAAACAAUCUAUUAUAGAUUGUUUGCUUGUAAAAUAAAAUAUAAAAGGGACAAAGGAUGAUCGAAGAUGAAUAUCGAGAAAGAUCUGGUAGGAUUGAAGUCCACACACCAGAUAUUUUAGAAGAAAUCGUAGCAGAUAAUGCAAUACACGACUCAGUUUACGUCAGGGAUGGCACAAGGAAGAAAUCCUCAAGGUCUGCCAGUGCUCCAGUUUCCAAAUCAUGCAAUCGAUCUUCUCCAUUUCCUCCUCACACCCCUGUGAGGUCUGGUUCCGCCUCACCCCUGCACGGUUGCCGUAUACAAACUUGGUUGAAUGAAGAUUCCAUCAAGGAUAUACAGGAAAGAUCAAGUCUUGAGUCGAGGUCUGUACGCAAUCAGUAUAAAACAGUUCUGGACAACGAGGAAAGGCUUGUGCAAGAUGCUGAUGCAUUCUUGGAAUAUGUUGAUGUGGCAAAUGAGAAUCGAAGAGUGGAGUUGUUUAAGAAAUGGUCCGAAAGAGUGUACACUCCGCUACAGGAAAAAAUCAAAACAGAAAUGAAGAGUACCAACUUCAAGUCGUAUGAAAAAAGGAAACAGCAGCUGUAUGACAGAUACAUUGACUAUCAAAACAGGAAGGGUAUGGUAUUUCUUGAUGUCUAUUCUCCUGAAGAAUAUGAUCCACUAGAAUUAAACAAUACUAGACCAGGGCCAUUAAAGGCCAAGAUUGAUAAUCUUGACAAAAAUGAUCCAUUACUACAUCAAGAUUUUAAAAAGAUUGUCGAGGAUCAAGAUGUGAUAAGAUGUUAUACAGGCUACACUACUGGAGCGAAAGAUAUCAAGAAUUAUCAUCUUCCUCCUGAACCAUUAGUUCCCCUCUUGGAAGACAAAACACUACGUGCAGAACAUGGUUGCGUAUGCCAAUACAUCACAUUGAUAGCCCACCACGGCUGAAAAGCAGGUACAGAAUGAACCAAACCAACAACAAUUCUCAGAUAGAUUUCCAUGAACUUCAAAGCAGCAUUACUAGCCGUGAACUGGUCAAUGCAGAGCUACGUUGUCAAAAGAAAAGAUUUUUUCCUGAGAGAUAUAAUAGACGACCCAUUCUUGAGUGGCCUGCUUUACCAACGUCAUGUCAAAAACAGAAUGCUACGAACAAUAGUGUAUUAACUGUAGCUAGUAAAUAAGGGACUUUGCAUUGCAUAUUUUGUUAUCCAAAUUGCUGUAAAUAUUCUUUUAUCAAAUUUAUUUCAAAUGGUUUGUUGAAAAAUUAAAUCAAUUGUAUAUUCAUACAAUAUUGUGCUGUAUGCUUUUGCACCAUUAUUAAUGCAUAUAAAAACCUUUACCUUUUGAACUUUAUAUAUGGAGUUCACUGGUUUAAAAACCUUUUGAACUUUAUAUAAUAUAUAGUUCACU